AGCAGACGAGGAGCCCAGGGAGGAGGCGGGAGCAGACGAGGAGCCCAGGGAGGAGACGGGAGCCGGCGGAGGUUGCCAGAGAAAGAACGUCAGUGACGGCGAACGCAGGCGACAGAGGCAAUGAGGAGGCAACGGGUGACGACCCAGGCGAUGAGGAGGCGAAGGGUGACGACCCAGGUGAUGAGGAGGUGACGGGCGACAACCCAGGCGAUGAGGAGGUGAUGGGUGACGACCCAGGCGAUGAGAAGGCGAUGGCGGUCGACUCUGGAACCACCAGGACCGCCGAGACCUCCGACUCAGGAACCACCGAAACAUCCAACUCUGGGACCACAGAGAUCUCCAACUCUGGGACUGUCGAGACCACCAACUGUGGAACCACCGACUGUGGAACCACCGGGACCACCAACCGUGGAACCACCAACUGUGUAACCACCGAGACCACAGACUCAGGAACCUCCAGGACCACUGACUCAGGAACCACAACCGGGAACACCAACUGGGGAACCACCGACUGUGGAAUCACCGAGACCACCGACUCAGGAACAAGAGGGGUGGGGGGGUUGGCGUCAAAGCUUUCAGCACGGACCCUCGCCAAAGACCCCGAGCUGAAGGUGAACGGCUGGACCCCAGAAAACCCAAAGCCAAAGGUGGAAGACUCCACCAACCCCCAGUGGAAGGUGGAGGGGGGCAGUCCAGAAAAAGAAAUAUUGCCUGCAGUCUGGGUGUUUUGUGUUCCGUUCAUUCUAUGAGGUGCAGGCAGGAAAAACGCAGGGCGCAGGCAAAAAUCCAAAGUUUAACAAAAGAUUUAUUAAUUAAACAAAAAGGCUGGCAGGGCAACUAAAAAACUUUCAGAGGAACAGGAACACAGAGAACACUCAACUGGCUGGGUAAACAGCACAAUGAACGGACACAGAAUGAGGACAAGACACCAAAUAUAAAGGCAAACUAAUGAGGACAAAUUAGAAACACCUGGGAGAUACACAAGGGCAAUCAGGUGUGCAAGGGGAUAUCAGGUACGAGGUUUUAGUCAAAGUUUUGAGCAAUGCAGUGACAAACAGACCCAGAGACAGAAAUAAAAAAGUAAGUGCUUUUAUUUACAGGUGAUGGGGUUUUGGGGUUCAGUCCUGGAAGAGAAGAGGGUCUUGGUGAGUAAUGGAGCAGAUAAAUAAAUGAAGAGGAUUUUGCAGGGGAAUAUGUUUUGUUCUUAGAGGAGGAAGGUGAAGGCUCAGCACUGAGGAGUAGGUCCAAGGUUUCCAGGUGAGAAGAGAAUCUGAGAUAAGUGGUGUUAUAUCCAGUUAGAGGCAAACAGGCAGCGCAGCACGAGGACAGAUGAGUGGCUCUCUUUCAGGGGCUUCAGGAUUACGAGGAAGAUCGUCCAGGUAGAGAUCAAAAGGCAUCUGAGCACAAAUAACAACAGGAUUAGAAAAACUCUAAGAAAAAACUCCUAGAGGGGCUGAGAAUCAUACCAAAGGUAAACGAUGCAUCACCGAAGAACUGAUCUUCAGGUCCUCCUUAUGAAGCCAACAGUGAUGAGCCAGAUUAGUGGCCGCUGCAGCCACUUGGAGGUGGUAGCCAAUCAGGAACCAAACAGGUGAGAACAUGAAAAAACACUGAAUGCCUCAGUACCCCCUCCUCAAACAUCGUAUCCAGGCGAUUUAGGGCGCUUCUCUGGGUGGUCCUUGUAGAAGGUGGAGAUGAGGGAGGCAUCCGAGAUAAAGGACAUGGGGAUCCAUGAGCGUUCCUCUGGUCUGUAACCUUCCCAGUCCACCAAAUAUUGAAAACCAUGCCCACGGCGCCGAACAUCCAGAAUGCGCCUCACUGUGUAUGUAGGGUGGUUAUCAAUGAGCCGGGCAGUUGGAGGGGCGACAAUAGGAGGGCACAGAGGACUUUCAGAAACAGGUUUAAUUUGUGAAACAUGAAAAGUAGGAUGGAUUUUCAGAGCAGAGGGUAAACUGAGUCGAAUGACAGAAAGAUUGAUUACACGUUCUAUGGGAAAUGGCCCAAUGAAACGGGGUGCAAGCUUUCUU